GAGGAGCGAGGGGGGCUGGAGGGAGAAAAGGAAGAAGGAAGGGGCGAACGGCGUGAGCUGGCGCCGAAAUGGGAGAAAGCAGCGAGUGAGAGGGGAGGGGGCGCCAGGCGAGCACCCGGGAGCCAGCGGGACCUGGGCAGGGGCGCCCGGAGCAGGCGCGCAUGGCGGGGCCCGCGCGGGGAUCCGGCUGGAAGAGAGCGUAGCGCGGCUCGCACGAGUCCGGGGCCGAUGUACCAGGUGAGCGGCCAGCGCCCUUCUGGCUGCGACGCGCCCUAUGGAGCCCCCAGCGCAGCCCCGGGCCCAGCCCAGACCCUAUCCCUCCUUCCUGGGCUGGAGGUAGUAACAGGAUCCACUCACCCUGCGGAGGCAGCACCAGAGGAGGGCUCCCUGGAGGAGGCGGCAACCCCCAUGCCCCAAGGCAAUGGCCCUGGCAUCCCCCAGGCCCUGGACAGCACUGACCUCGACGUCCCCACAGAAGCUGUGACAUGCCAGCCUCAGGGGAACCCCUUGGGCUGCACCCCACUUCUGCCGAAUGGCUCUGGCCACCCCUCAGAGCUGGGCGGCACCAGACGGGCGGGGAAUGGUGCCCUGGGUGGCCCCAAGGCCCACCGGAAGUUGCAGACACACCCAUCUCUCGCCAGCCAGGGCAGCAAGAAGAGUAAGAGCAGCAGCAAAUCCACCACCUCCCAGAUCCCCCUCCAGGCACAGGAAGACUGCUGUGUCCACUGCAUCCUGUCCUGCCUGUUCUGCGAGUUCCUGACGCUGUGCAACAUCGUCCUGGACUGCGCCACCUGCGGCUCCUGCAGCUCGGAGGACUCGUGCCUCUGCUGCUGCUGCUGUGGCUCUGGCGAGUGUGCCGACUGCGACCUGCCCUGCGACCUGGACUGCGGCAUCCUGGAUGCCUGCUGCGAGUCCGCGGACUGCCUGGAGAUCUGCAUGGAGUGCUGUGGGCUCUGCUUCUCCUCCUGAGCCUCUGUCGGGGGCUAAGCCAGCCUGGCGCCCCUGCAGAUUCCAGCAGGGUCCCUCUGAGUGGGGCCAGGCCCAGGACUGUCACACAAGGCUUGAGAAGCCCCCUCUCCUACCCACCCAUGUCCUCUCAGAACCCCAGCCUUGAAAAUAGUGGGGGGCACUCAGAGGGGCCACCUCCUCAGCCGUGGGUGGUGGGCCCAUGGCAGAGAAGCCUGAACUCUUUACUGGGUUACCAGAUUCAUACAUUGCUGAGGACCUGACAGGACAACCUAGGGGCAGGGCUGGGGUGGGGGCCGCAGGGGGCAGCCAGGGCUGCGGAACACUGUGAAAGUUACUUGGGGAGGGUGGGCCGGUGGGGCCGUAGCUCUCUACCUCUCCCUGCUCCUGGUGCCUGCCUCUCUCCUCCACCCCAGGCUUAGAGGACAGAAAAAUGUGAAAAGAGACGCCCCACCCACCCUCAGCCAGCCCUCUCCAGUCUCCUUUCCUAGGCUUUUGUGGGGGCCUAACCCACGCAGUGACCCCAGAGGGCAGGGCUAGGAGAGAGCCUGGGGUGGGGCGGGAGGGGGAACAGUAUGGAAAAGACUGGAAGGGGAAAGGAAGGGAAGGGAGGGAGGGAGGGUCUGUUCUAUCUGUUGCUGUAAAUAAAGAUAUUUGUCCAUCUCAG